AUGCCAGCCCUCUACUGCCCCAGCUUUGGUACAGGAGUGAGGGAGAAGCUGGAGCUUGCACACCCAGUGGCUAGUGGGGCUGUCUUCCCAGCUCCUCCUCAGGGCUUUCCUGUCGGUGCCAAGCCAGUUCCCCAGCCAGGUUUCCAUGUGCCAUUUGCCAGCGUGUGGGAGCUCUGGUGCGUGAGGGUGUUUGUAGAAGAGGGCAGUUUCCUUUCAGAUGGCCUCAGGAAGGGAAAAGAGUGCUCCCUCCAGCCCCUAGGUAGCCUUGGCCAGGGAUGUGGGCCAAGAAGAGUCUGUGGAGCUGGCCAACUUGUGGCAUCCACUCCAAAUAGCAGAGACCCAGUCACGCCUGCUUCUGGUCCUCCCUGCCCUCAGUAUUUGGUUUUGUACACCAAAGAUGAUCUGGCCCAUCUUCCCAGAGGCACAACAGUAACAUGUUCCUCUGUCAGCCUGUGAAGGCAUGCAGGGUUCUGAAGCCACAGACUCAGUCUUCCCAAGUCAGCAAUCUCUUUCUCUCUCUCUCUCUCUCUCUCUCCUCAAACUUCAUCGCAUUCAUAGAAGCUGCUUGCAGGGUCGCCGGGCUAACCAGGGUGAUCGGCGAACUUUACCGUACAGUACCUCAGUCUAGCUGUCAGAUCAUCCCUUUUGCUGUAGCCUCUGUUGAGGUUUUUAUAUUUGUGAUCAUUGGUAAUUCAGUGUCUUAUGAAGUGGGCACAGCUCCCCACAGAGAGCAAGUUGUCAGCCGGUCUCUGUGCACUGGUGUUGGGGCAGGGCAGUGCGCUGGGGGUAAGCUACGUGGCUCAGGGGGUGGCAGAAGGGCCCAGUUUCCCCCCUUCCUCUGCCAAAAAGACUUCCUUGGAUUUGUAGAUGUUGACCCAGAGUCAUCUCUCCCCUCCUGAAGAGGAUUUUCUUACUGGUUUCUCCUGAAGGGGAGGUAGGGGAGGAGGAAAAAAGGACCAUGUGUGAUGCUGUUAGACAAGACACUGACGCUGAUUAUGGAGGGGCUCCUGCAGGCCCUUGUGGGCUCCUUGGCAAGGCCCCAGGCUGGGAAGGAGCUCCCCCCCACUGCCCAUCCUGCCCGCUUUGUGGUGGGUGGAGUCAGUGACAGGGAGGCAGCCCUCCUUUUGUGUAUAUAGAGUGAGCUGAUUUGGGCUCAGGAAAACCUAGUUGCUUGUUGCUCUUGUCUGUGACAUUUUUGUACACUGGUUUGCUACUCAUGGCAAGAAACAGACAAAGCCCCAUGAAAAAUAAAACAAAAGAAAAGUCAUUUCAAACAAAGCUGUUGUUUUGAAAACUCUUGCUUUCUUUUGGUGUCCAUUUUGUGUUCUAUUUUAAAUAAUCUUUCAUUUAUAUUGGUGUUAUUGUAGUGAAGAGAAUGUGAUAGGCUGAUCUGUAAUGGUUUCUGUCAGGAGCUUAGCAAACGCCUCUGCCCCUCUUCCCCUACCCCUGUCCUUCCUCAAUUCCCAGCUGGGAUUGCUAUGCACUGGGCAGACCUGUCACUGUCUCCCCUGAACCCCCACACAGUGGCUUCCCUUAGAACCAGUCUUUGUACGCUCCCUAAACAGCAGCAGGCUUAGGAUUUUUGUCAGGCUGGUUCUUGCGUGCUCUGUGCCCCCACCAGUUUGCUCACCUCUUGGGGCAUUUUGUAAUGUGUUUUCUCUGUCUUGUAAAACCUUUUGAUUGUACCAAAAUGGUUUCUGCAGUCGCCUUUGGAAAUAAAUGGUCAUUAAUUUGUAUACUUAGCAUUCUGAAUUUUAGUCUCAGGUGUUUCUGUUGUUGAAGAUCCUUGAAUGAAAAGGAACCCUCACCGUGGGGCUUACUGUUAUAAUAAUGUUUCUUCAUUUACUGUUAUUAAAAGAUUUAUGAGAA